AUGAUGGAAAGUAAUAAAAUGGAUUCUUUGGUAUAUCGCAGAUUAAUAACAAAUUUAACAAAAUGUAGUAUAGUAAGAGUGGACCUAAGGGGUUUGAAUGGGAAAUUGAAGUGGAAUCCUAGAAGAAAGUACACUACUCAGAUCAUUGCACAUUCUACACAUAUUCCGCCCAAAAUAGAGCAGGAAGUUGAGCCUUCAGCACUGUAUGUGAAUCCAAUUUGUAUGCAGCUGGACCAGCUGAUGUAUAAUUGCACGAAUCAUGAAGAGUUGCUGAAUUUAUUGGUGACGCACAGAGGGGCAAUGUACCUACACAAUUUGGUAACAGUGAUGAAGAUACUGAGAAGCUACGUAGAAGCAGAAGAUAAGAACGAAUAUAGACCAGAUUGUGACGACCUGUGCCUGGGAUACAAAAAAAUAUUUAAAAGGAAGGCUGAGAAGAAUGAAGAGGAAGUGGAUUUGAGUAGUUUUACGAAAUCUGAGAAGGAAGUGGUAAGAAAGGCAGAAUCGGAGUUAGCGGCGCACUUUCAAGACCCGAGGAACGAGGAGUACGUGGAGGCGAGUAGCCACAGCAGAGAGCUGAGGGACGCAAUAAUAAGAGACGAGAGGUAUGACCUGCUGCUGCAGGACCUGUACGUUAACAAGAAUAAGCUGGACGUGACGUCAAUGUGUAACGUGAUCAUGACGCUGGACGCGCUGGAACACAGGUACUACAGACUGUACAACGGCCUGCUGAAGAGACUGCUGACCACGGAAAUGACAUUUGAAGAUAAGCCGACUUCGUUCUUGAACAAAGUAGGGAUACUGCUGCUAAAAACGUGCCAGUGUUACGCAAGGAGCGGGUUCAACGAUGUGCCGCUAUACAACAAGGUCACUAGGGAACUGAUAAGAAAUAACCUAGUAACAAUGAUGAUGAGUACAGAAGAGGACUGCGAAAAACGAGAAAACAAACAGCAGCAAGAACUGCUGGUGAACAUAAUAAGGCUGUACAGUCAGGUGAAGAGUUACGACUACACAGUGUUCUCGAAAAUAUCGCAAAGCAUUGAGAAGGUGAAGCUGAGGCCAGGUGAACUGAGUUGUCUGGCAGUCAUGUUUUCGAACCACGGGAACACGACCAAGAUGCACGACAGAGUAAUGUACCACAUAGCGGAGAGGAUCGGUGAAGACGCUGAGUCGUUUAAGCUGAGCGAAUUGUGCAGUUGCAUAGGAGCGUUCUCGAAGAUGAAGUUGUACUUCGGAGAGGCGUGGAGAGUGUGCACAGAGAGGUUGAUAGAAGCGAUGGAGGUGUCAAUAAGUGGAUAUGAAGACGUGGAAAUUGACGUGAAGACGCUGUGUAAAGCAGUACAUGACAUAACUGCAGUGGAAAGCACGGCGAGUGGAGUGCAAAGACUGCUGGACAGAGUGUCGCUGUACUUGGAGCAGAGAAUAGACGAAAUAGAUGAAGGGUCGGCAAUAAAUAUAGCAGUAUCAGCAGUAAUUAUGCACGCAAGAAUUAAUGAGAGAGUUAGGGUAGACGAAGAAAAGGACGUCAUCCACGAAUCACCGGUGGCUGUAACAGAAAAUGUUAAAACAAGAAGCAGUAGUGCCUAUGAUAAAACCAGUGCUGCUGGCAAUGGUACCUGUGGUAGUAGCAGCACUCGUGUCGGUGACGGCGACUUAGAGGCACAUAACAUUGACAAUAUGAGUAAAUUGAACAAUUACCUGCUGUCAUACGUAUGGAGGAAGAUAGGAACGGAUGUGGAAUGGGAAAGGGAGCCUCUGAAGGUGUUUGCAGUAUGGCUGUAUCACAUGUUAGUGUUACCGCAAUUUAAACACAAUAUCAGCAAAAGAUGCAUCUUUCCAAGUUUCCGGCAAUGGUUAUUGGUGUAUAAUACGAGGCAUGAGAUAAGGAGGGAAGUGUCGAAUGUCACUAAGAAUCUGUACAGUAAAUAUAAAAUAUAUACGAAGCAUGAUAAGGUUGACUCGUACAAAGAGUUACUGGAAGCUCCAGUGCCAGUUGAUAUGUUAGUGGUAGACGAAAAGCAUGGAAAUAAGGUGAUAAAUGUGGUAGAAGGCACAGUAAGAAAUGGAAACAACAGAGCGACUGGAGUAGAUUUAGUGAUUAAGGGAAUACUGGAACAUUAUGGACUGGAAGUGCACUUCAUAGAUGCACACCAGUGGAUGAGCAUGGAUGAGACUAGUAGGACGGCAGCAGUGGAGUCGAUCAUACGGAAUCGAAACGGUUAA